AUGUUCAUAAGUAAAAUAAUAAAUUUUCUCAAACCAAAUCAAAUUAUUGAAGAAGAUGUAAAAUAUAAACAACUUGCAGGAAUUGCUGUAAAAGAAAAUAUGUCUUUAGAAUUGGAUAUUAAUUCAUAUUCUGAGGAAGAUGAUAUGGAUUUUGACGAAGUGAUCGAUUCAGAAACUAGAAUGAUUAAAGAAAAUUAUUCUGAUAUAAUGUUUGACUUUAAUGAUAUCAAUGAAUCUAUUGAAGAAGAAGAAUCGAAAUUCAAUAACAAAAAUUAUGAAUUAGAUGACGACACGUCAAUCUCAGAAUAUCAAAAACCUUAUCAAGACGAACAAAAUGAUACCAUAUUUGAAAAGAAUAUUAUUCCUAAGGAAGAAAAUGAUAAAGAGGAUAAAGGUGAAGAUAAACAGCAGCAUAAAUGUUAUGAAUCUGAUUCUGUUGUAUCUUCCCAAAUUAUUACAGUAACAUCAUUACCAUUAGAAAUUGAAGAAAUUGCUAAAAUUCAUGAUACUCAUAAUAAUGAAAUGAAUGAUGUCGAAGAAUUCACGCCGAUCUUUAAAGAAAGAAACCUUGAUCCUGAUUCUUUAAAGCAACAACCAUCAUCUACUUUUAAUCAAAAAGUUUCUUCUUUAAUUCGUACGAUAGAAUAUUCUCUUGAACCUGAGGAAGAAGUUAAAGACCUCCUUAAUAAAUAUGACAGAGAAAGUGAUUAUGAAUUAUCUGACGACGAAAAAGUGACAAAAAAUAAUCAGUACAUUCAAAAUGAUGAUGAAAUCUUUGAACUGGCAUGUAAUUUUGAAGAUUUUGAAGAUAAUAUUAAUGACAAGGAAGUCCUUUAUGAUAUCAACGAUGAACAAAUCAAUCUGGAAGAAAAAGAAAAAGAAUUGAACAUUAACAUUAAACCAGAUAAUCUUUAUGUUGAUUCAUCUAAACAAACUGUCAUAGAAAUCAAUAAUAUGAUACUUCAACUAUAUUUGGAAUGUAAAGAUAUAAAUGAAAACCAUUCAGAAUUUUCAUUUGCUGAAUCAAUUCUUAAAGGUUCAAUACCUUCAUAA